GCCUAGCGGUGCCUUCAUACAUUUGUUUACUUUUUUGGCGUUUUUUUUUUCUGCUGUUGUUGAUAUGUAAUUUCCCGCACAGACACACUCUCUUUUCAAAUCCUCCCUAACCUUCUAAAACUCACCAACAUCGUUGUCUCAAAUGUCUAUCUCCAGCCAUACCUAUCCUAAAAUCAGGAAGUCAUUUCCUCUCCGUCGUCGUUGCCGCCCUACCUCCGUCUAAACUCCGCGCCCCCCCCUCCCCCCGCGAGAAACCAUCACAAAUACUAUAGACCCACCUCGGUUGUGUUCCUGUCUUCUCAGACCGACAAACAAUGUCCCCCACCAAGAAACGCAUCAUCCUCGAGAAAUCCCGCACCGUCCGCCGGCGGUACCAGCGCAGCAACAAGCGGCUCCAGUUCACGGCCUCGCAGAUCGCGCGCAUCGAGCGCGAGCAGGAGCGCGAGCGCCGCGCGCAGCACCUCCGUGAUCGGGACAAGAAACGCAUCGCCAACAAGAAGAAGAAGGCGGAGAAGGAGGCCCGCGACCGCGAGGAGCGGCGGCGGCUGGGGCUGAUGGGGCUGCCGGAUCCGAAUGCGCCGGUCGUGCCGUCGAGUCAGCCUUCGCUGUUCAGCUUUAUUAAGAAGCCUUCUAUUGGGGAGAGUAGUACGGAGCUUGAGGAUCUUGAUCUCGAAGGUUGGGAAAGUGAGUCUCUCACGGCUAUGGAGGAUGGGGUGGUUGAUGCGAAAGUGCAGGGUUGGGGCCGUGAUGUGUCUCUUGGUGAAAAUGAGGAGAGCGCUGUUGCGGCUAUUGCUGCUGCUGAGGACAAGCCUGCCAGUACGGAUGACAAGCCUCGUUGGGAGGAUGAUCAGGUGGAGGAAGAUGAGUUCUCAGAUUGCUCCAUCUUUGACUACGAGGAUAUCAUCGGGAAAACCGAGACCGUUGCGACUGAUGUUUUAAACACGAAGGAGGCAAGGCCUGCGAUAGAGCAAAGAGCUAUAUCUAGCUGGUCGGCAAGCGACUCAUUUCAGGAUGAAACGGCACUUUUGUUGGAAGAAUUGGGCCAUGAGUUUGACACCGACGAGGAGUUUGAACAGGCGCUGGGCGCGCUGGAUGCUGUAUAAGCCAAUAG